AAAAAAAUCAGUCUUUGCCCAAGGUAUCCGUCAGAGAAACCCUGCUUUCUCGAAGAAGAAGAAGAAGAAAGAAGAGGCAAAAUCGCCAUUACAAACACCAUAAUGGGAAGGCACAGAGUGAAAACUGACUACGAAGAAGUCCGGAAAGCACAAAUCUUAGAAAACCAGGCUCGAUUGGCCAGUGUUGGACUUUCAAAAACCAUAGCAGAGCUUCGAAAUAUCACUGGUAAACCACAAACAGAGAAGAAAAAACAUAACAAAAUUGACUACUUCUCCACUCCUUUGCGUCGUUCCAAACGAUUAAAAGGAGGUAAUGAUUCCAAGGUUGAGAAGAGUAGUGCUGAAGAGACUAAUAAGCCAAAGAGGCCUACAACUGCUUUCUUCAUUUUUAUGGAAGAGUUCAGGAAACAGUACAAAGAAAAACAUCCAAACAACAAAUCUGUUGCUGCUGUGGGUAAAGCUGCUGGAGAGAAGUGGAAAUCCUUUUCAGAUGCAGAGAAAGCUCCUUAUCAAGCAAAGGUAGAGGAAAUGAUGGCUGAAUACCAAAACAAGAUGCAGGCUUAUAACAUUAACAAAAAACAACAGGCUGCUGCUGAUGUUUCUGCAUUACCAAGAGCAUUAAGUUUAAUAGCAGAUUGAAAAUAUUAUUAUUAGCAGGUGAUGUUUGUUUCAAGAAAUAGCAUAUGACAUUUCCUUAGCUUGUCUGUAAUCCCUAGAUAAAUGUUUGUUUAGUAUUUCUUUCCCUGGUUUUGUUUGGGGUUUAAUUAGUUGGGAAAGAGAAAGAAAAUAGAUCAUGAGCUGGUUUAAGGAUUCCAGUUGUUCAUCUACUCUAUUUUGUUGGUGCUUAAUGAUAAUUCAACUUGGGCUUGUCCGCCAGCGUAUUACC